AUGGUCUACAAGAAGAAGUACAUCUUCACCAUACACGAUGAUUGCUUCAUAAGUCAGUUUGUUUGUUUCGUUUGUAUGGUUGUUAUUUGUUUUUUCGAAUUUUAUGAAUCAAAAAAAGAAAAAAAUUUGGUUGCCAAGGACUCGUACGUGAAACAUCAAUGCCCUCGAACAACACAUCAAGAACCUGCUAUGCCCGUCGACCCUGCUUUUCUUCAACACGCUAUACGACCCUUUUCGGGAGGGUGCCGAUUUCAUGUGCAGCUACCCUUUCAGCCUCCGGGAGGGCGUGCCUACGACCUCAUAGGGCCAGCUAUGUAUUUCGGGCUUAUGGGCGACGGGCGACCGAUCGGGCGUUACGAUGAUAUACGCGAUCAUCUAAGGAUCGGUGUGAACACGGGACUGCCGUACAUCUGGCAUAGUAAGGCAAGCAACCGGUUUGUGAACAUGAGCAAAGAGUACAACGGCAUAUUCUGGCAGGAGGAGAUAAUCCCCUUCUUCCAGGCUGUCGUUCUCUCCAACAGGAGCAAACUUUUGGUUUUUUUUACCUAA